AUGAGUUCCAUGGCUGCUCUGCGUUCAAUUUUCAUGGAUGGAGGGUGCUUUUCAAGGUUCCAGGAAGAAUCCAAAUCGCUAAAAAUCAGGAAAAUGCCCACGAGGUUUUCAGUGGUAUCAGCUGCUCAGAAAUCAGAUAAGUCUAUUAAAGUUGGUAUUCUUGGAGCUAGUGGUUACACUGGUGUAGAGCUUAUAAGAUUCCUUGCAAACCAUCCUUACUUUGACAUUUCUCUAAUGACUGCUGAUAGAAAAGCUGGUCAAUCAAUCGGAUCAGUAUUUCCACAUCUAAUCACACAGGAUUUACCUGAUUUGGUUGCUGUAAAAGAUGCAGACUUUUCAACUGUAGAUGCUGUAUUUUGUUGUUUGCCACAUGGCACCACUCAGGAAAUCAUCAAAGGCCUUCCAUCCAACUUAAAGAUUGUUGAUCUUUCUGCUGAUUUUCGAUUAAGAGAUAUUAAUGACUAUGGAGAAUGGUAUGGUCAGCCUCAUAAAGCAACAGAAUUGCAGAAAGAAGCUGUUUAUGGUUUGAGUGAGAUAUAUAGAAAGAAGAUUCAAAAUGCACGUCUUGUUGCAAAUCCUGGAUGUUAUCCUACUACUGUUUUGCUCCCUCUUGUUCCUUUGAUGAAUUCUAGUCUUAUUGCAUUGGAUAAUAUUGUUAUUGUCUCAAAUUCUGGAGUUAGUGGAGCAGGACGUAGUGCAAAAGAGGCAAAUUUAUACACAGAAAUAUCAGAAGGAAUAUUCUCUUAUGGCAUCACAAGGCAUCGUCAUGUGCCUGAAAUUGAACAAGAGCUAUCGAAUGCUGCAAAUUCAAAUGUGACCAUCAGCUUUACUCCUACUUUAAUGCCAAUGAGCCGAGGCAUGCAAUCAACUAUAAACAUACAAAUGGCUCCUGGAGUUUCAGUUGAAGAUCUGAAACAACAGUUGUCGCGCUUCUAUGAGAAUGAAGAAUUUGUAGCUGUGUUGCCUGAUAAUCAAGCUCCACACACCAAAUAUGUUCAAGGUUCUAAUGCCUGUCAUAUAAAUGUCUUCCCUGAUCGCAUCCCUGGAAGAGCAAUAAUCAUAUCUGUGAUUGAUAAUCUUGUAAAGGGAGCUUCUGGUCAAGCUUUACAGAAUCUUAACUUGAUGAUGGGAAUUCCAGAAAACACUGGCCUCAAAUGCAUGCCUUUAUUUCCUUAAUCUUCAUUUUAUGUGUAAUCUGUAUUAUUACUUUUUUUUUUUUUUGGGUAGAUUUAUAUUUAUUUAGAUU